AUUGGCAUUUUUUCCACUUAAAAAAAUCAUUUUGUUGGGAAAAUUCACGCCCAGUUCUCCCAGAAAAUCGCCUGCCCUGAGUCCUGCCUUCUGCCCUGUUUUUAACCCUUUCCUCCCUUGCCUCUUUCUCCACCAGCUGCAGGGGGAAAUUCAGACAGCUCCCCUUGCGUCUUCCCUUUCAUCUAUAAGGGCAAGACCUACCAGAACUGUACGGCAGUCGAUGAUCAGAUGGGACGGCCCUGGUGUGCUACCACUUCCAACUACGACAAAGACCAUCUCUGGCGCUUCUGCUUUAGCAAGGCCUAUGGGGGGAACUCGAAUGGUCAGCGCUGCAUAUUUCCUUUCAUCUACAAAACCAAGCUAUUUCACAGCUGCACGAAUGCUGGAGGCAAGAUGGGAAAUUUCUGGUGCGCCACAACCCAGAACUACAACCAGGAUAAGCUGUGGAGCUACUGUCCAGAUAUCACCCUGGGUGGGAACGCAGUAGGAAAGAGCUGUGCAUUCCCCUUCAUCUAUAAGAAGAAAGUGUACUACACCUGCACCAGCGACGGAGAGAGCUCGGGAAAACUGUGGUGCAGCACCACCGGGAAUUACGACGUGGACAAGAAGUGGACUUACUGCUCCAAGCCAGACUAUGACAAGCCCUGUGUCUUCCCCUUCAUCUACAAGAAGUUUAAAUUCCGCACCUGCACCAACCUGGCAGAGGCCAAGGGAAAGUUCUGGUGUUCCACCACAGACAACUAUGACAGGGACCAUCAGUGGAGCUACUGCCCUGCCUGAGACAGGUGACAGCUCCAGAGCCAGGAGGAGACAGAACGAUGACAUUUGAUAUUAAAUGAAAGGUGUGAGCCCUGCUCUGGACACCUCUGCUCUCCCAACAGAGAUCGCUUCUGAUCAACGGAUGCCAGUGGCAUAAUCACCCUUGAAUCCAAAUCUAAAUGCGCUCAUUUCUCUAGUUGAUUUUAGUAAAUUCAAAUAAAGCAUCUUUUGAAAUAAGAUCUGCAAAUUCUGUGUCCGGGCAGAAGGCAAUAAAUGACCUGUUCGUUUCCCUGGGGUGAGGAUGACAGCGUGAUGGAUUUUGCUUCUGAUGAAUAUUGGGCAUUUCCCAAUGAACAUGGCUUUUUGGAAUGGUUAUAAAUCCUCAUGCUUCAGGGUUGAAG